UGAAUAAAGAAGUGUUGUUCCAUUCAAGUCUCGGCCUUACAUGUACUUAGAUUAAGGAAGUACAUAACAAAAGUGGCGACGAGGACGUCUGGACCUGCGUCAGCUUGGACGUGCUGUUGUUGUAGUUUACUGCGGGUCGCGGUGCUCCUGGGGACAGACGGCGCCGACCUCAGCUUCCACGUCGUGACUUCGUGGGGAGGACGAGCGGAGUUUUCAAAAGGAGCUUGAAGGUGCUGUAUAACCAGGCGCUAUGGCGGGAGUUAUCGGCUCUGUUGGUCUUUUUGAUGAGCUUGUGGAACAGUGGAGCUCGUACACAGAGCGGUUCGGCUAUUUCGUGGAAGCUAACGAAAUAGCGGAAGAGAAAGUGGUGCCCACGUUUUUGAGCGUUAUUGGGCCAAAGACUUUCAAUUUACUGAGAAACUUGCUUCAACCCGAUAAACCUGGUAGUAAAACGUACAGGGAAAUCGUGGAAACUCUUAAUGGACAUUUUUCACCGAAGCCCCUUGUGAUAGCAGAGAGAUUACGAUUUCACAGGAGAAAUCAGGAAGAGGGGGAAUCUUUCUCUAUGUUCGUAGCGGCGCUGCGGAAGCUGGCUGAACAUUGUGAGUUUGGUGAUGUUUUAGAAGACACAUUAAGAGACCGAUUGGUAUGUGGACUGAGAAAUGAAGCAACACAAAAGAGGUUACUUUCAGAAAGUGGACUGACAUUAAAGACAGCCUUUGAUGUAAGUGUUGCUAUGGAAAUGGCAUCAAAGGAGGCUCAACAACUGAACAUUACGAGCAGAAUACACCAAGUGGCAAGUACCCAAAGCAAUGUUGCUGGUCCCUGUUUUAGGUGCGGUAAAACAGGGCACCUUUCCUCCACCUGCUGGUGCAAAGAAAUGAACUGUCAUCAAUGUGGGAAGAAGGGUCAUGUUGAGCGUGCCUGUCGGAAAAAAACAAGCACAGACAAAGAUAAGGAAAUAAAUGACAAGAAGAAAACAAAGAAAUAUGUCAAAGCGGUAGAGAGUGCCUCUACUUCCGAAGAUGAAAGUGACGUGCACACCGUGCAUGUAAUGAGCGUGGACGGGAAGUCAGGGUGUUACUGGGUCACACCAAAGUUAGAGGGUCACCCAGUCAAAAUGCAAAUAGAUACUGGAUCACAGGCAUCGCUUGUGUCUUACCAAGUCUAUAAACAGUGUUUGAGACACCUUCCAUUAAGACCGUCAGACACUGUGUUCAAAGCGUACACUGGACACAAAGUGCACAUGAAAGGAAUGACUGACAUUACUGUGCAAUGCAAGGAUCAAACUGCUAAACUUCCAGUGUAUGUCACAAAAGGGAAUUUUGCUUCCAUCAUGGGACGACAGUGGAUUAAUGCACCUCAUGUAAAUUGGCUAGAGGUUCGGCAGCUGUCAGACGGUUCUUCACAACUACAAGUCAUUCUGGACAAGAAUGAAGAGGUUUUCCGUGAGGAAUUGGGCAGCAUGAAGGACAUUACAGUGAAAUUGCACAUUAAACCAGGAAGCAAACCUGUGUUUAUGAAGGCUAGGACAGUGCCGUAUGCUAUUCGUGACAAAGUCGAGGCUGACCUGGAUGCGUUGGUCAAAAGUGGUGUUUUGGAACCAGUCACCACCAGCGAAUGGGCGACACCAAUUGUGCCGGUUCCGAAAAAGAAUGGCGGAAUUCGCACAUGUGGCGAUUUUAAAGUGACUUUGAAUCCGGUGCUUUGUGUGGAGCAGUACCCACUUCCAUUGAUCGAUGAUUUGUUUGCAGGUCUGAGCGGUGGUCAAAAAUUCAGCAAAAUUGACCUCAACCAAGCUUAUCUGCAGAUGCAUGUGGAUGAAGAAUCACGGGAGUGGCUGACAAUUAACACGCACAAGGGACUUUUCAGAUAUUGCAGAUUACCUUUUGGCAUCACAUCUGCUCCUGCUCUGUUUUAACGGGCUAUGGAUCAAAUUUUGAGUGGAUUGCCAGGAGUACAAUGUUACUUGGAUGACAUUCUCUGCACCGGUGCCAACGACGAGGAGCAUCUUCGCAACCUGGAUGCUGUCUUAAAAAGGCUAAGGCAGUAUGGUCUUCGAGUGCGCAAGGAAAAAUGUGAAUUUUUGAGACCAUCGGUGGAGUAUCUCGGCCAUGUGAUAGACCACGAAGGACUACACAAGGCUCCAUCAAAGACAAAGGCAAUUGUGGAUGCACCCGCCCCAGAAAAUGUGAGUCAGCUUAGAUCUUUUUUAGGUCUAUUAAACUAUUAUGGACGGUUUAUUCCCAAUUUGGCAUCACUUCUUAAACCAUUGCAUGAGCUGUUGUGCAAAGAUGUAAAAUGGAAAUGGACGACUGAAUGUAACAAAGCUUUUCGUAAUGCGAAAACCGCCCUGAUUUCAUCAGAGGUUCUCACUCAUUUCAACCCUUCAUAUCCAAUACAGCUGGCAUGUGAUGGGGUGGGUGCUGUCAUCUCCCAUGUGUUCCCAAACGGAGAUGAAAGACCAAUUGCUUUCGCAUCAAGAACACUUAACAAAGCCGAGUCAAACUAUGCUCAAUUGGAACUAGAAGCAUUGAGCAUUAUUUUUGAUGUGAGGAAGUUCCACCAAUAUUUGUAUGGAAGGAAGUUUACUCUGUUAACGGAUCACAGACCACUGACAACGAUUUUGGGACCUCAUGCUGGAAUCCCUUCACUGGCUGCUGCACGUCUUCGGCUUUGUUGUUAUCAGCUCACUCAUACGACAUCAAGUAUCGUAAAUCUGAUUUGCAUUGCAAUGCUGAUGGACUUUCGAGGUUGCCGCUUCCUGUCACCAAACAUGAACGGCGCGACAAUGUGGCCGCCGCGAGAACGCAGUGAAACGCGGGUGUUAAAAGUCAAUCAGCCAAUGCACACCAGUCGCAGUGCGGCCGCGUGUUAGACGCGUCCCAGGAGUGGCUCAACACGACGCACGCGAAAAGAACGGCAGAGUUUAUUAUUUGACGAGAGACGCAACCCUCCUGCUUCAAUACUAAAUUACGGUGGAUCCGGUCGAUUUUCAAACUAAUAUGUAAUCGUAACCCACUUUUUGAGUCCAUCAGAUCCCGUGAGUGGUAGAUCGGGGCACAGUUGGCUUGUCUUUGUUGAUUUACUGCUGUCUUCUCUGCUAUAAGAAUAACCAACACGGCCCCGUGUUCAAUACAAAACCCUCCUACCACAACAAAACAAGUAGGAACUAAUAUUCAAAUAGGAACUAAACUUAUACAACAUAAAAUAUACAUAAAUGAAUACUACAUCACAUUUGUAAAAUAUAAACACAUAAUAAAAUAAAUAAUAGCCCAUUUAAAUAAAAUAAAUUGAAAUGAGCUCAAACACCUGUAAUUAAAUGAUAAUAAUACACAAAUCCUGUUUACACAAUUAAAUUUAUUAAUUUCUGUGUGGCGCUUUAACUUUCACAAAUAAAGCUUUUGAAAACUGUUCAUAAGAAAAAAAAGAUUCAUUGAGGCAUUUCAUUUGUAAAAUACAUGUUAAAAUCUUUGUCAUUUGGAUUGCUUUUCUCUUCAGCACAGGACUUCUUUUUUCUUUUUUUCAGAAAGAAAGCUGACCAAUACGCGGGGUCUGAAAAGCAAAUUGUCGUUGGAUCAUCUUUAAAUACCCAAUACUUUUUGAGCAGAAUUCUAGCUUUGUAUAGGCUAAUGUUCCUAUUGUUGAAAGCACAAAGGUGUGUAAUAAACAACUAGCACAUUUAUAUUUUGCAUUUUGUUUUCUUACUGUACCGAAAAUGAACCGAACCGUGACCUCAAAACCGAGAUACGUACCGAACCGAGAUUUUUGUGUAACCUUACACCCCUACCAUUUUACCAGUUUUGCACAAGAAUUUGCCUUGACAGUUCCCAGAAUGUUAUUUUUCCAAGCUGCUUUAGUUGGUCCUUUUAGGGCACUUCUGAAGACGUGUGAUUACUCAUUAAUAAUAUGCAGUUGACUGAGGUCUAAUUUGAAUAUUCAAUAUUCAAAUUUCAAUUUUUUUGGUCUAAUUGGCUGUCGGUAGCGUAGGUGUGUCAGCGGAAAAGCUGAGGUGGCUGUGAUGACGCAUCACAGUGAAGUGGACUACAGUCGUUAAUCGUCAAAUUUAAAUCCUGCAAUAUUCAUACUCUGUAUGCUUUGGUGUUACUCAGAGCAAAGAAGUGGCUAACUUGACAGGGUCCCCCCAGGAUUGAUAGAUCUAAAUUCAAGACUUUUUAGACCUUUUUUAAUGCCAUUUCAACUGAAAAUUAAUACUUUUCUCGCACCCAUUAUUUAGAUAAUAUUGAAUCAUAUUAAAAAAAUAAAGCACUGAACAUCAAAUUUAACCUCAAUUAUUAAGUGUGUUUGAGCAAAGAAUACACAUUUAUUGAAGAUACAAUUAAAACACAUUUAAAUAUAAGGUCUUUCAGAAUUUUUUUCCCAGGAUAAAAUGGAUUUUACACUAUUAUUGUAAAGCAACUUUAGAAAUUACAUUUGCAAUACAACAGGUUUCCCUUUUAAGAGGACCUAGUCAAGGUGGUAGGUAGGUGAUUGUCAAGUUGGCCACCUUAACUGUAAAGUGCUUGCAAUUGGUAGUGAAAGUUUAAAAAACAGCCACUAAAUGGCAGUAGUUUACCAUUAAUUACCACAAAAUAAAAAAACUACACAUGACCAUUUCCCUUGGUAAUUGUUUUUUUUCUUAUCACAUGAAGUAUAUGUAUGUGUAUCACCAAAAGUAUACAAAACACAUGUUAAUCCUUUGUUAGCUAUUGAACACAUUUCUUUUAAUCAGAUAGAGAAAAUCCAUACUUAUUUAAUCAAGAAAAACAUUUAAAUAUACCAGGAGGUGUUUUACUAUCACCUACAUUAUAAUUUGCCUAUAACCAUGCCAUGUUAUUCAGAUCAACGUUAACCCGCACUCGUUCCAAUAAUAGACAGUGUCAACCGUGUUGUCGUGUAUCUGAGAGUGAUGGUGAAUCUACGACUCCGGUUUAUCCAUGCUAAGGCUAGUGCACCUGCCAAUACCCCAUUCAACAUGGCUAACUCUUGAGUUAAAACUGCGAAAUUCACAUUCAUUCGAAAGGCAAACCGUGCAGAAAUACAUUAUUGCAUGUAACACAUUUUAAUUGGAGAAAUUGGCAACUUACUUUGAAAUGUUAAGCAGGUCCACUGCCUUCGCAUGACCCAUAAACUGCGACCCAAAGUAUCUGGAUGCGACUUGGUCGCCGAUCCAAUACCUCACAUGCUGGUCCAACUGUUUGGACUUGGUUGUCUUGUUGAGGCUUUUGUCGAUCAUAACAACUAAGGCAUCUGAGCAGUUCCUUGCGUUAGCACACAGUACUGUGCGAUUGCCUGCUGUUGUGAUGUUGAUGCUAAUGAUGCUAACGGCGCGCACGCACGAGGUGUAGUGCAUCGUAAAAAUUCUACGCAUCAUCUUCGUUAUGGAUUAAAAAAAAAAAAAAACUUUGUCACGGAUAGAAUUUAGGUUGCACUGAGAUGUUCUUGAAAAUUAAAACCACGGUGAAAAAAUUCCAGACUUAUGACAGCUAAUUUAAUACUUUUACUACCUUUAAUAAUGGAAAACUAAAUUCAAUCCUUUUUAAUAUUUAUAAUAACCCGCGGGUACCCUGCUUGAGAUGAAUGCAGGUACUGUCCUUGCACAAUAUGGCACA